AUGCCAUUUUUGUUCUAUCGUAUAUCGACAUGGCUAGUCAUCGAAUUGGUGGCCACGUCAAUCUUAGUCGUAUUAAAUCUGGUCAUUCCAGCUUUGAUGGCCUUUAGUUCAUAUCGCAAUGUCGUGAAUUUCUAUUUCUCAAGUGCUGCACUGUCAAGUUCAUUAUUGAAUUGUUUAUACAUUUAUUAUCUUGUCGAAACAUUACGUUCAAGAGGACUUUCGGAAAGUAAUUGUCGAGCUAUCUAUUAUUUACAAACAUCGUGUACUGUUGUACUUGCUUAUACAAUCACUGCAAUGCAUGCAAAUUUCGUCUUGUGUCUAUUAUCGUCAUCAUCGUCCGAUCAUCAACAUUCAUUACGUUCAUGUUUACAAUCAUGCGGCCUUUGUUUACGUAAAUUUUUUCGUCGAUUUUGCUUCUGUCUCGUCCUUCUCGUUUGGUCAUUGUCAUUUACAGCCACGAUUCCGUUGCUCUACACGAUCGAUUCGAAUGAGAAAAUUCCCAAACCGGUUUAUUGUCCAGGGACAACCCAAAUCAGUUAUCUCGAAGAAUGGUUCGAUCGCAAUCGAUUAACACAAAGUAUUAUCUUCAACCUAAUUCCAUUAUUAGUCACAUUAUUUAUAUCCGCCAUAGCUCUAUUGAAACUGUUCUCUGAAUGUCUUUUCUACAUUUAUUUGCGUUGUAAAAUGUGUAAAUGUUUUCCAUGUCGAAAACGCUCCUCGUGUUCAUCGUCAAAUCGUCAUCGUCAUCCUCAUGAGAGCCGACAACAGGGUCUCUCGAUACCGAAUUCGAUCUCAAUGCUUUCAUCACUUGGUAUUGUCAGUAAUAGUAAUAUUCCAAGUAGUAGUUACAAUUUAGCACCAAUGACCGAAUCACCAACACCUACAAGUGAAACCACAAUAUCGUCAUCGAAUAUUAUCCUACAAUCAUGUGGACAUUGGUGCUCGUCAUCGUUUCUUCGUUUUUUACUUGUCUUAUCAUGUUGUCUACUCGCGUGUAUUUAUCCUAUUGCCAUGCGCUUUUAUCUAGUCUAUUUCUCUGUACUUAUACCACUUAUAUUUGCUGUGCUUAACUACUCGCUAGGACAACUUACUCCAUUGCAAACGACAACAACGACAAUAACAGCAAACACAUUACCAACGACAGCAACGAGUACCAUAGUGGCAUCGCCAUCGGGCCAAUCGGCAAUCAAUACAGAAAAUCGUUUUAUCAGCACAAAUGAGACAAUUACAACACGAUUAAUUCAACGAAAUGCUUCAUUGAAACGUGAACGAGGGUGUUCAAAUAAUCAGAGAGAGAAUCAGGAACAUAGUCUUGUUACACCCUCGAGUUCAUGGCAAUCGACAACAAUACAACCAGCACGUACGAAUGCGCAAACACAACCACAUCGAACCAUGAUAACAGGCAAACAGAAAUAUUUUUCAAACAAUUUAUAUGAAAAUUACAAUCGAAAUAUAAUCAUGCGAUAG